UUUUUCUCGCUCUCGCUCUUUUUUUUUUUUUUUUUUUUUUUUUUGGUUUUUAUUUAUUUUAUUUAUUAUUAUUAUUUUUUAAUUUAAAAUUCUUGCAGAUUGAAUGAAUUCCCCUCGGAGCCUCGGCCGUCUCUUCGCGAUCACUUGUGACAUCUGCGCCGGGAAGACGAUGCCUCUGAGGACGGGACUUUUUCUCCUGAUGCUGCUCAACGCAUCUGCAUACGAGCUGGAUCACAACGAGUCCUAUUCGUCCAGGAGAGCACGCUUCUCGGCCAACAGCCCUUCAGAUGUGGCACGCUGUCUCAACAGUGCCCUCCAAGUUGGCUGCGGGGCCUUCGCCUGCCUGGAAAACUCAACUUGUGACACAGAUGGCAUGCAUGACAUCUGCAAGUCCUUCCUGUACAGUGCUGCUAAAUUUGACACUCAGGGUAAAGCAUUUGUGAAAGAGAGCCUUAAGUGCAUUGCCAAUGGCAUCACCUCCAAGGUGUUCCCCACCAUCCGUCGAUGCUCCACAUUCCAAAGAAUGAUAGCCGAAGUCCAGGAGGAGUGCUACAGCAAGCUGGAUAUCUGCACGAUCGCCCGGACCAAUCCCGACGCUAUCGGCGAGGUGGCCCAGCUGCCGAGUCACUUCCCGAACAGGUUCUACGGGAGGCUACUGCAGAGCCUGAUGGACUGUGACGAGGACACGGUGGAGAGCAUCAGGGCCAGCAUGGUGUCUCGGAUGGGCCCGGAGAUGACCAUGCUCAUACAGCUCCUGCAGAACAAGCCGUGCACGUCCACAACCGUCGCAGCCACCCCGACCGGAGCGGAGGCCCGCGGGAGCUGGCGCUGGUCCGUGGGCCCCCAUAUGUACAAGAUCCAGCCUAAUCUGCGAAACAGAGACGCUGCUGGUCAUUUUGGCAAAAAACGCUCAGCUAGUGACAGCUCCUAACUUCUUCUUUGCACUCCAAGUCCGAAACGCUCCUCUAUUCCCUCGGGGUGAACACAUCCAUUCCUCCACUUGACUGGAAGUUACACAAAUAAGCACCUCCAGGGAAUGCCGGACCGCCCCUAGAGUUGAUCUGAUUGUUGCUAUAUUGUAUAUCCUACGUUUAAAGCUUCAGACACCACCACCCCUCUGUCCAUCACUCACUCCCACUCCAGCAGCCUUGUUCACGCUUCAUCUCCUCAAGAUGAGAUGAAUCCUUAAAAGGUCUUGAUGCCAAGCACAAAAAAAAAAAAAAGAAGAAGAAAAACAGCCAUAGUGGUUCUUAUCUCUAGAGCAGGGGUUCUCAAACUUUUUGGGUCCAGGGGAGAAGAUGCCUCCUCAUAAUCCUAAUACCAAUUAAACAUAGCUACCAUGUGUACCCAUAGAAAUUAAAAGGUUGCUCACUUUAUAGGGAAAGUCAUAAUGUUACAAUAAAUUCAUACUUUUAACAGAGAGAAAUUUGUAAUGUUAUAGGAAUCAAGUUGUAUUUUUUUCAAGACAAAAAUGUUUGUGGUCUUUACAAGAACAACGUAUUUUUGUCGGAUAAGUCAUCGUCUUAUGAGAGGAAAGUCGCAUUUUUGAAUUUGGUCAUAUGUGAAUUUCAAAUGUGACAGAAAUUUCCAGGAAUGGUGUCACAAAAGGUAUAUUUGAAAUCACGAACGGCAAACUACGAGUUUCCCCCUUCAACGUAAUCCCCCUGGAGUCUAACGCACUUUCCCCGGGCAUCUCUGCCACGCCUUCAUGGUGAAGCAGCCACAAGUGGCCCUGCUCCUGGAACGUCUUUGUGGAUGUGCUGGUGGAUUGUCUGAAGGUGAAAACUCAUAUUUUGGGGUUUGAAAUAUAUCUUUUCUUCCACCAGUCCUGGAACUUUUCCAACAUACCUCGCAGGUAUGCACUUUUUAAAAAUGAUCCCACAUAAUUUAUUGCAAAUUAUUAUAAUGAAACCCAAGCUACAGGUCGUGCACCCCAGUUUUAGAACCACUGCUCUAGAGCACAAGCAGAGGGCGCACCAGGGAUAUCAUUUUGGACACAUCACUUCAAUGCCGCAUAUUGAAAAUACUAUUUUCGAGGGCCCCUUGUCAGUCAUGGGGCCCUUAGAAUCACUUUUCUCCCACUUACGGUGCACCAAAGCACAAGUAAAAGUCAUCCAUUGACAGAUUAUUAUUGGUUCAUCCAUUGGGGGUGGGGGGGGGAAUCAUUAGUUGUAUCCAAUAUUCAAGUGGUGAGACCAGUCAAAUUGUGAGCAUGAGAUGUGAAGGUCACCUUCACGUGUAUUUUUUAACAAUGCUAACUCUUACAUGUACUGUAUCCUAUAGGUAAUCUGAGACAGCCAAAGCUAGCCUUCUACGAAGACAGCGUGGUCACUAAAACCGUUGCGAGGUUACCUUAAACUGACCAAAAAAAAACAAAAACACAACUUCAAAACUGCCCUGAAUGCUAUUCAUUAAAUACCAAAAUAGUGUAUAGAUAUAGCACAUAUGAUGAUGGUUUGUUUUCUGAUGACAUAUGUAGCCAUUAGUAGUGAUGUGUUGUUCUCAAUUAUCAUAAAGCUCAUUAGACCAAAUCUGUCCAUCAUAUUAUUACCAUGCAUGUGACUUUUGAGCUCUCCGGCGUCAAAGGCACUAUGUUUAUGUUGCUAAAGUGAGGGCGAGGUGCUUGCCUCCAUGCUGAACGACGUAGGUUCGCUUCCCCCGGGGGUCAAGAUUUAGCGUGACUAUUUAAAAUACACACACACACACACACACACACACACACAAACAAGCCUUCUUGGAAUUAUAUUUAUUUUCCUACUAUAUUAUUUAAUGUCUUAUUUUAAUGCACAUAUUUUAGGUUCAAUUCGCUUCAAACAAGCAGUUCAGUUAUGGCUUAAAUUUGAACUAUAUAUAUAUAUAUAUAUAUAUAUAUAUAUAUAUAAUGACUCUGUGCUGGCCAUAGGGGAACAAAGUUGGUCAUUCAAGUCAGGUGAUGUACUCACAUGGGACCACAACUACACGUUGCAUUGCAGUGCAUGGGGCUAAAGCAAACAUCAGCACGGAUGGCGUGGGUAACGUCCCUCCAUCCAUUUUUCAUUAAAAAAUUGGAAAUUGAAGUUGGCAGCGGUGCUGUUGGUAAUGGACUUGUUGACACUUCAAGUUGCUAUUUUCUGUUUGAACUAAUAGCAGUUUGUUGAACCCUUCAUAUUCUAUGAAGACAAUCGCCCCAAAUAGGAAGCCCCAUGCUGGUGUUUAUUUGGCUCGUUACCUUAUAGACAUGAGGAGGCAGUCCUGGAGCCUUUUUUGCACCAGUUUGUGCACAUUGCCUCAAAGAAAGUAUUUGUGAAGAUACAUUUCAUUUUGGUGGGUUGGGUUCAGCUCUUUUUUUUAUUGUUUUUUUUCUCUCCGCCCCCCUACAAUUUUAUGUAAUUAAGGAAGUUUGAUGUGCCAUUAGCCAAUUUAAGAGCUGUAUCUAGAAUUCUGCCUUUACAAGGCCAAAAAUGCUCAGUUUUGAUGGACACUGUCAUUAAUUUAACUAUAUCGUUGAGGGAAGGGAUAUUCUUUAAUUCAUUGAUCAAACUACAACCACAAUAAUAAACAUAUUGCUCUCUUGACAGCGUGAAUCAAAACAUUAAAUAUCAAACAUUAUUAUAUUUCUGAAGGCAGUUUUUUUUUCAUACAAUUGGAACUAAGGCUUGAAAAUGAGCAGAUUUCCAUUGACCAAAACAAUUAACAAGCUGAACCCAAUCCUGCAUGAAGAAGUGACUUCACGUUGACCAGGGAGGAGCACAAACAUUACAAGAUCUUAUUUUUUACUUCGCAUGAUAAUUGUUUUUCAGCAUCAAAUCCAAGACUAUGUUGACAAUUCCAAACUAUGCAAUGAUCUCCGACACAAAGGCUCCACAGCGACACAGAAACGAACGCUUUUGUUCAUGUGGUGAAUAAAAGCAGUCUACGGUGAUUGUUCAGCUCAGUUAACGGCGUGUCCUAUGAGCAUCUAAGAGCUAUAGUCACACUGUAGUCCAAUGGUAUCCUACUAUUUUAUGUUCAUAAUGCACUUUUUUUCAUUUCUAUUUUGACCACUACAAAGGGCAUUGAAACAUUCAUGAUAUAUAUAUAUAUAUAUAUAUAUAUAUAUAUAUAUAUAUAUAUAUAUAUAUGUGUGUGUGUGCGCGUGUGUGUGUUGUCCAUCAUGGGUUAAUUCCCAAACCCAAACAGCUGCUGCCCACUUAUCGGCGACACCCACGUCCGUGUCUUGUCUGUCGUCUUGUUGACUUCCUAUGGACAUUCCUGUGUGUCAGUUACUUUUAGGGCAAAUUGACUGUUUUUCCUCAACAAAGUCCAAUGUAACGGUAGUUUUCAGAGAAUGUAACUGUUUACUGAAUGUCUGCUUGCAGGAGGCCACAUCCAGGACAAAACACAAACAAGCACAGACGCACGCACGCAAGCAUGCACACACACUCUCACACACACACACACAAAGUGGUCACGGGCCUUCAGUUAGUUUGUGUUGCAGAUUCGAGCGAGAGCGUCACGGCGGUGAGCUGUGUAAAAACUGUUUCUCCUGACACGUCAUGGUACUCUUUCCUCUCAAGACUUGAAAUAGAUUGAUCGUGAUUGAUUGUUGUUGUGCUCGAGCAAAAGCGAAAAAAAAAAGCUUCAGUGACUUGUAAAGUUUAUUUUGUAUUCAUGUAUAUAUCUAUGAAAAUAUAGAUAUAUAGAUAUAUAUAAGUGACAGUUAUUUUAAUAUUCAAAUAGCACACUCGAAGUUAUUGAGGACUGAACUGAAGUUCCUGAUACAGAUGCUAUGUAACGCAUGAUUGACCUUGUGUAAAUGACUUGCACUUUAAAAUGUACCCACAUACAUAUAUACCCAUACUGUGUAUAUGUUUGGGUUUUUCCUCUGUACUGAAA